GGAGAGACUGGGGUGUUAGCUGAGAGAAAGUACCUUAUCAUGGAUUUACCAGAGUUCCAAGUCUGGCUCAGCGGUAUAAAUAAGGCUGGGUUAUUCCCCAUCAGCAUUCACUUGCCAUUGCUCAAUCCAGCAGCAGGAUGUGUAACAUCAGUGAAGUCGCUCUUCAACUCCCAACAUCCACAGCUUCAGACCAUCUCCUCCAGCCCCUGUGGGACUACCUGUAUCAUCAGCACUACAGCCAGGUCUCGUCUCCGUUCUUCCCAGUGCUGCUCGCCUUCUCCAGCUACUUCAUCUUCAGCGUCCCCUUCACGCUCCUGGAUGUCCUAGGAGAGAAAGCUCCUCUUUUUAAGUACAAGAUCCAAAAGGAGCGGCGUCCCACCGUCGGCAUGAUGCUGAGGACUCUGGGGACGGCGGUGUACAAUCAUCUAGUGUUUGUUCUACCGGCUGUGUUGAUCACUAAUGUGGUGAUGCCUGCGCAUCCACUUCCAGCAGUUGCUCCGACAGUAUGGGAGCUGUUCUCUGGCGGGUUGGGGGUUUUGCUCGUCUUCGACGCCCAGUACUUCCUCUGGCACAUGGUGCACCACAAAAACCCUCACCUGUACAGAUGGGUCCAUGCCAUCCAUCACGAUUACGCCUCGCCGUUCUCCUGGUCCACCCAGCACCUGAGCGGCGUGGAGCUGAUGACGGUGGGCUUCUGGAGCAACCUCGAUCCCAUCCUGCUCAAGUGCCAUCCUUUGACCGUGUGGACCAUCACUGUCUUCAGCAUUUGGAUGUCCGUGGAAGACCAUAUCGGCUACGACCUGCCAUAUUCUCCUAGCCACCUGGUUCCUUUUGGGCUUCUUGGAGGGGCGAUGGCCCAUGACACGCAUCACCAGAAACCCAGCAGCAACUUUGCACCUUUCUUUAGUCACUGGGACACACUUUUCGGCACUGCCGUAACAGUGAAACGGACUCAUAAAAGCGAUAAGGAACAGUAGACGGUUUCAUCGGUUUUAAACCUUUAAUCAGUGUAAAUAUAAAAAAAUGUAAUACUUGUAUAAAUCUUGUAUUUCUGUCUGCAUUCUAUAUGGUUGAAAUGAAUAAAAACAAAUGUUUGUAUAUAU